CAUUUACAUCUGUCGAUAUUUGCAGACCUCUCAUUGCCCUUAGAUAAAAGAAAAGUUGGUAUAAAAAAUCAGGAUUUGUUAGAGGGUGAGAGCGAGUGUCUCUCCCAUUCAAGAGAAGGAUGAAGCUCUUCAUUUUGUGGACCUUGUUUGGGCUCAGCUUUGCCCAGCACAAUCCCCACUUCAGACUUGGAAGGACAGCAAUCGUUCACCUGUUUGAGUGGCGCUGGGUCGACAUUGCUGCUGAGUGUGAGCGCUUCUUGGGUCCAAAAGGAUUUGGUGGUGUUCAGAUCUCUCCUCCAAAUGAACACAUUGUACUGGGCAGUCCCUGGAGGCCAUGGUGGCAGAGAUACCAGCCAAUCAGCUACAAAUUGUGCUCCAGAUCUGGCAGUGAGGAUGAGUUUAAAGACAUGAUCACCAAAUGCAACAAUGUUGGGGUCAACAUCUACGUGGACGCUGUCAUCAACCAUAUGUGUGGAGCUGCUGGUGGAGAAGGGAAUCACUCUUCCUGUGGAAGCUGGUUUAACACUAGCAAAAAGGAUUUCCCUGGUGUCCCCUAUUCCUCCUGGGACUUCAAUGAUUCCAAAUGCAAGACCGGCAGUGGAGAUAUUGAGAACUACAGCGAAAAACAUCAGGUGCGUGAUUGUCGUCUGGUCAGCCUUUUGGACCUUGCGCUGCAGAAAGAUUAUGUUAGGGGCAAGGUGGCUGAGUACAUGAACAAGCUGAUUGACUUGGGUGUGGCUGGAUUCAGAGUGGAUGCCUGUAAACACAUGUGGCCUGGUGACCUGGAAAAUGUCUACGGUCGUCUUCACAACCUCAACACCACAUGGUUCCCCAGCAGCUCCAGACCAUUUAUCUUCCAGGAGGUUAUAGAUUUAGGAGGUGAGGCCAUCUCAUCUUCAGAGUAUGUCCAUCUGGGAAGAGUAACUGAGUUCAAAUAUGGUGCCAAACUGGGAACUGUCUUUAGAAAAUGGCAUGGGGAGAAGCUGUGCUACACCAGGAACUGGGGAGAGGGAUGGGGCUUCAUGCCUGAUGGCAAUGCUCUCGUCUUUAUUGACAACCAUGACAACCAGAGAGGUCACGGUGCUGGUGGCUCAUCCAUCAUUACUUUCUGGGACUCCAAACUCCACAAGAUGGCUGUUGGCUACAUGCUGGCCCACCCUUACGGAGUCACCCGGGUCAUGUCUAGCUACCGCUGGGAACGCAAUUUUGUGAAUGGAAAAGAUGAGAAUGACUGGAUGGGCCCUCCCAGCAACAGCAAUGGAUCCACUAAGCCUGUUCCCAUCAAUCCUGACCAAACUUGUGGAGAUGGAUGGGUGUGUGAGCACAGAUGGCGUCAGAUCACGAACAUGGUCAUUUUCCGUAAUGUGGUCAGCGGACAGCCUCUCUCCAACUGGUGGGAAAACCAGAGCAACCAGGUUGCCUUUGGACGUGGUGAUCGAGGUUUCAUUGUCUUUAACAAUGAUGACCGGGACCUGGAUGUGACCCUAAACACUGGCCUGGCCAGUGGGACCUACUGUGAUAUAAUUUCUGGCCAGAAGGAAGGAAACAGGUGCACCGGGAAGCAGAUCCAUGUUGAUGGUAACAGUCGUGCACACUUUAGGAUCAGCAACAGAGAUGAAGACCCGUUUGUUGCUAUUCAUGCUGAGUCUAAGCUGUGAACACAUUCUGUAUGACUUGAAAUAAAACUGAUCUAAAAAUCAUGAACACAAGAAAUAAAGAAAUAUCAUGAGAAAUAUAAAAGAAACAGUGCAUUAUAUAUUUUGCUUGGAAAUAAAGAAACUUGAUACAGUU